AUGCCAAACGAACUCGGACAUUUCAACGACUCUUACAUUGGCUCCCGGUCGAAUAUAUUGAGCCAUCAUCAAGAGAACGUACAUCCUCAUGGUGAAUAUGUGGACAAGACGAUUCGGCUCAAGUCAGAUGUGAAGAUUAGUCUGAACGACGUUCCCCAUAGUCCUGUGGACCAGUACGAAAAGUAUGGCAAGGUUUUGGACACGCCGAACAAUGGCACACCUAAAUGUAUGUUAAUGUAGGGGAAUUGAGGUUUUUUAUGUAAAAUAAGGUUUUUGAGUUCUUUUGUUAGCUGACUAAAUUUGGAUUUAAGUUGAAGAGAAUAAACUAAUUUAUAUUAAUUAUGUUGAAUUCUAGCUUCACCUCAAUGUUUAUCACCUCAUUCGAACUCACGAACAUCGCCAGUUUCUCGUGGAGCCCAAGGAAGGCGUCGAAGUGUUCCGGAAAAUGCUCUAACGCCGAAAUCAACUAAAGAUCUUCCACCUGCUGGUCCAUCGGUUUAUCGACCACGUCGCAGAAGUUUAUUUGCGGCUAUCAAGGAUAAGUUGCAUCCUUCUUCGAGCAAUUUACAGGCUCCAGAUGAGCAAGAAGAGCCCAUUUCACAGUUGGAAAAAGGUCUGUUUAUGAGGUUUUUAGAGGGAAAGGAUAGUCGCGCAAUAAUAUAGGUGUUUAUUUGAUGUUCGGAAUUGAAUAUACUCUCUGGUUAUUUGUUUUUGGGUUUCGAAAACAUUGUUUUAAGUGUUUCAAUUGAAUUUUUUGGGGGUAUUGGUAAAGGGUUUGUUUGUUACCUAUUUUUUGGUUUUAAUGAGGUUUAUUGUACUGAUGUUGUAAUAGGAUUAUAUUGAAGUUGAUUUGUUUGCUUUAGAGUAUCUUUUAAGUGUGAUUUCGAAAACGUUUAGAAUUGGUUUUGUUUGUUACCUAAAAAUCGAAACUUGUUAUAUUUUAACUUUUUUUAAACAUUUUAGGGUUUUUAUUGUUGUUGGCAAUGAUCGAUUUGAUAAAAGACUGAUUAACUGAUAUUUUUUCUUAUAUAUUUUUCAUGAUUUUAGAUAUUGGCUAUCCUCCGCCGAACAACACUCCGCCAUUUGAGACCUUUAUUGGCUCUCCGCAUGCAAUGGUUGUUGAUCAAUUUAGGCAACGAAGCAAAUCAGAUGCCGUAAGACACCGUGGAAUUUCAAUAAAUUCACAGCAAAAUGAUCUGGACUUGAAUGAUGAGCAAUUUAGCAGAGGAGCGAGCACUGAAGAGGAUUGUUCAGACAUGGAUGGAGAUGAAAACGACAAUAUUCCUAUGUACAAAGUCUGUUUUAUGAGAUUUUGUUGAUUUUUUUAGUUUUGGGUUAAUCUUUGAUUUUUUUUUCUUGGAAAUAAUAGUUGCAAGGAAGAGUACGUUUCGUAUUUUACAUUAUUUUACCUAAAAUACCGUUUUAGCACGAAUUUCGAGCCCCAACGGCUCGUCGCUCUUCAGCUAUGUAUUUCCAACCUCCGAAACUUCGUUCACGUCGUUGUUCCGAGGUUACAGAUGAUCUACAUUCAGUUUCUUCCUCAACACCAGGCAGAGGCGUGAUGGUUAUGUUUUGUAAAUCUCCGCCGAAUUCAUCGUGUUUCUCGCCGGCUACACAAAGUAGACACAAUUCACAGCAAGAUUUGGACUUUGAGAGAUGUAAAGGCGACAGUGCUACUGAAUUCGAUCUUGAUGAAUGUAGGUUUAUAUUAAAAUUGCUCAUUUUUUUCGAAAAAUUGGAUUUUUAAGCCAAAACUUUAAUUUUAGGUAUCAAAGUUAUGAAAACGUUAAUUUUUUACUGAAGUUGGAGCUUUAGAUAACAAUUAAUAACCAUUUUUGAGUUUUAGGCAUCAAAACCUAUUGAAUUCCGAUUUCUUUUUGAAAAUUGAUUUUUAGGUAACAAUGUUUAAUUUUUUGAAAAACACCAGAUUAAAUUGCAUAAUAAUAUUAAGGUAAAACAAUGUAAAUAUCAUAGAACAAUAUAAAAAAAACCAUUAUCAAGAAAUACCCAUUUAAAAUCCGUGUAAUCGUCUUUUGAAGCAAAGUCAAGUCUAGAGAACGUUACCACUUUGUUCCCAAUUGCACGUUUUUUUCUUCCUCGUUUCGAGAUGAUUGUGCCUUAAGUGCAAGUUCAAUAUGCUUUAGCUUCCAACACAUUUCAACAAGUUUUUUUCUUUUUUACGAAAAUUUUUAGUCUGGAAGGGGAUUUUUUGCGGUGAUAAGCUGAUAAUGACCAUGCUUGAGUUAUAAAUAGUUUAAAAGUUGCGAGAUUGUUUUUAGUUUGUAAUAGUUUUAGUAUUAUCAUAUUAUAAUGAGGGGUUUUUGGUAAGGGUAAGAAACGAACCGGGUCUACUUUUAAGGCUUGGCAUAGGCCCGAGGCUUGAGUUUUAGGUCCGCCCGUUUUCAUUUUCUUUCAAGCUGAAAAAAUUGUAAACCUUGGUACGGCUUGUAUAAAAAAUUUUAAAACUUUAAAAAUUAAAGAAUUUUUAAGUUUAUUUUUGAAGCAGUAAGGAUAAAUAAUGUAUACGUUGAUAGUGAUAGAAAAGAUGAAGUUUACUAACGUUAUAGAUAAUUUAUUUAAAUCUGCUGUGUGGGAAAAAGAAUAUAGGAAACUAUUUUAACUAUAACAGUUACGUUCUACUAUUAGUGUAAUAGUUUUCAAAAUAAAAACAAACUUCUGUAGUUAUUUGUUGGUUAGUAUUAAGGUUGUUAGGUCAGUUGUGGGCCUAACCUCAAAAAGAAUUUUUGAAAAAUCAGGAAAAAAAUUCUAAAAAUUGUGAAUUCUGAAAAUUUCUUGACCAAAAAUAUUUAAUCUAAAAUUUUCAAAAAAAGGUGAACGUUGUCCCCAGGGCUGGGCGCGAGGGAAGGGGGGGCGGGGGGGGGGUACCCUCCCCAGAAAAAAAUUUUCGAAAAAUUUGAACGUGGUCCCCCCCCUGUGGAUUUUUGAAAAAAAAAUUUUCGCAAAAAAUCGGCACAGGUAGCUAGCUACCUGUGCCGAUUUUUUGGACCCCCGCCCUUAGACCAAAAGUCCCCGCCCGGCCCUGAUGACAAUUAUAAUACACUCACAUGGUCAUUCUGAUAAAGACUAUAGUUUUUACGAGGGUAAAUAUUGUUUUCAUGAAGCAUGAUCUUUAGUUUAUGUGAAAAAAGGGUUCACGUAAUUAACUUGAGGGAAAUUUUAAUAAUUGAAAAGUUCGAAAUUUCUAUUUGAAUGGAAAUUUUUAAAUUUGAUGUUGGGAGGAAAUGUCAUUUUAUGUACUAGUUUGAGGAUAAUGUUGUUUUGCUGACAUUUUGUUAUGACUUUUUUGAAAUUAAAAAAAUUGAGUACUGGGUAGUUUUUGCAAUUUUUGUAAUGUUAGUUAAAACUGCAUUUUUAGGCUUUACUAUAGAUUUUGUUGCCUUUAUUAUUGACCUACACUAGACGAUUACGUAUUUUACAAAAACACUAUUUUUAGGCCUACUAUAACAUGUUUAGACCUAGUUUAACAUUUUGAUUUCUAGUUUAACAUUGUUAGACCUAGUGGACUAUUUAUAGCGGCAUUGAAACAUUUUUAAGCCUAUCAUAACAUAUUUAGACCUAAUAUAAUAUGUAGAACGUCCUAAUAACAUAUUUAUGGAAAAUGGAACUUUCGGCCGCAACAACCUCUAAAUUUAUUAUUAUGAAUAAUAAAAGUUUUGUUAUUCGGAAUGCUACAGCUGCUUAUAUGAACCACAAUAUUUGCUGAUAGUUUCUGAAUUGGGCUGAGGAGAGAUUUGUUUCCAUGUGAUUUGAAGCACGCAAUGAAAUUGGUUAGCACGCGUUUUUCUCCAUAGAAUACUUUAAUUUAGGCUAUUGGAUGUGGUUGUGGGGGAUAGUUAUUGUCGUGAGGCUUUUAUUAGGGUAGAGCUUGUUGAAAAAGGUUAAUUUGAUGGAGGUCCAAUUGAUUUUUUUAAAAGAUGUUCAUGGCUUUCUAAUUUUUAUAAAUUUUAUAUUUUUUCAGCCCUAGCCGAUCUCUCCUUGUCACGAGAAUUAUUUGUGGACACAAGUGUAGCAAACCAUUCUUCAUCGUCUAACAGCUUCAACAUGACCAACGAUGCCCCACACACUCAUCCAGUCAACAAUCACGGAUCAUCACCGUCGAACAUUUGGAAGCGAAUUAUCUCCAGGAAGCGGGCUGUUUCUGCUUGCCAUGAACAGGUAUGUUGUCUUGGGUGUGGUACUUGAUUUUUUUGUAUUUUAAAAUGGUGGUACUUAAUUUUUUUGUAAUGUAAACUACAGUUGGACGAUCUAUUGUGUUAGUACAUCCUUUGGGAAUACUUUUUAUAUGUAAAUGUGGGUUUAAAAGGCAUUUUUUUCUAGUUUUUUAGAGUGUGUGUAGCAGUAGGUAAUAAUUGAAAGAAUUUUUUUAAAAUUUAUUAAUUUUUAAAUGUUAACGAUUUUUAUCGUAUUUUACAAAACUCAAAACCAUUAAUUUAAGAACUGAAAAAAUGAUAUAUAUUUUAUAUAAUAUUUUGUUUGUUCUUCCAACGGUAAAUGUUUGACCAAAUGUCUGGUUAUGACUUUAAAUUUUUGUUUUCCCAACAGUGGCAAGAGCGUCAUUUUAGAAUUAGUUAAGGCAUAAAGUUGUUAUGCCUCAAUUUCUUCAAGUGUCAGUUAAUUAUUCAUAUGUGUCAAGGCUCAUUUUUAUGUCAUGGUAACUGUCAGGUGAUUCUAGCGCUUUUCGACAAGAUUCAUUCAUAUUUAUGGGAUGGCAAACAAAAAAGUUGAAGUUUUGAGCAAUAUAAGCUUGUCUUUGGAUAAAUUUUGAGGUUUUGAGAAAAAAAAUUUUGGGAUGGUAAAAAAAUUUUUAAAUUUUUUUUGGUGUGGAACAUUUUUUUGAUAAAGUGAAAAUUUUUUGGUUUAAAAAUGUCAUUUAGGGGUUUUUUUAAAUUUUGUGAUAAAACACUUUUAAGUUCACUUCCAGGAACUUUUGUUCCAAAUUUGUAAUGUAAUAAGGGCGAAAUUCGAUUGUGUUAAGUAACUGUUUGAGAAGGUUUUUCUGUUUUUGAUUGAACGGAUGGGAAAAGUUUGAAAAAGAAAUUUAGUUUAACCUUUGUAAAAUAACGUAAAACCACGUUUAGAAUGAGGACAUUGAACUGGUAUGCUUUUUUGGUUUAUAUCUUUACCUAUAUUGACUUUAAAACUAAAAAGAAUUUCUAUUUUUGGAUCACAUGUAGCGUAUUUUACUAUAUUAUUAAGUGAAUGUAAAUUAGUUUUUACUUCUGUUUUGUAAAACAUGUUUUUCUUUAUUGAACCUAUAAAAAGAUUUAUUUAAAAUUUUAAAAUUAAAUUUAAAAAAAAUUUUGUUAGGUCUAGAAGUAUAAAACAUUUUUUUUACUACAACUUUGACGAAGCCUAGCUACAUACAUGUAUAUUGUAUAUAAAUCUCUAAUAUAAUUUCCGUGAUCUUUGUAGCCCAACAAUUAUCUUUUUUUCAACUUUUUGUUAUUUAUCACAAGUCUGUUGGCUUUUUCACAUAUUCAAAGACUCAGUUGUUCAAUUUUUGACACUUUUUUCAGUCUGGUCUUAUGUCUGCUGCGUUCGCUUGACGGCACGAAUAAAGUACUCGAAAGUUUUCCUAUCUCCAAGAAGUUUUUUUAUUGUUUUCGAGCCUUUUUUUACAAUUUUACUGCGGAUGGAAGUAAAUUUACUAGGUCUUGGGCUAACAAUUAGCUUUGUUUUUGGAUUUAUCUUCUAGUAGAAAAGUAGCAAUAUGUAUUGAUAAAGGAAAGGUAAACCAAAAUAUUAUACGAAAGGUAUUCUAUGGUCUUUUGACGUCAUUUAUGACCGGCAAGAGUCUUGUUUUAAUCAUGUUAUACCAUAUGAUGAAGCCGAUAAGUGGUUAUAAUCAAAUAGCCUCAGUGUACUUUUUGACAACUUUUUUUGAGAAUUAGAAUAAGGGUUUGAUGGGUAUUGGGUUGUUAUUUUUAAAUUUGAAAUUUUAUACAUUGUCUUAAAGUUUUGGUUUUUUUUCAAUUUUGCACGGUGCAAAGUUUUAAAAACACCGAGUUUUGCAAAUUUUUAAAAAAAUUUUAUUAAUUUUAAGUGUUAACUAAAGAAAAAAUGUGUUUUUACAGUUCUUGUUUGUAGUUAACAUUAAUAAUCGAUCUUCACGAUGCAAUUUUGAAAAUCUAAUCUUCUCCAACGUGCAAGAGUUAAAACAAUAUAAAUUUGCUUGGGCAAUAAAUCCAGGAACCAAUUUUAUCAACUGAACAUUUGAUUUUAUAAUUUUUACGAUUUUUCAGCCACUGACCGAAAACGCUCUGGAUUAUUUUUCGGCUUCUUUCAACGGCGACAGCGAAAACGCGAUGGUUUCCCCAAUGUCCGUGAAUUGUGAGUUUUGCACGUUUUAUUAGUAUGGAAUUUCUUGGACAGGGUUUUUUAAUUGUUUUUUAUAUUGUAGUAGGUAGACUGCUUUAAAGGGACAGGCAGGUUAAAGCUGUGAGCCCGGUCUUUUUUAAAUUUUCAUCCACACAGCUUAGUCUGGUCUAGGGCAGGAUCAUAACAGAGACUGGUUUAGCGGGCUUUUUUAUGUCUAGUAGUAGGAAUGACAAUAUUUUCAUAACCAGCCGUUCAAAAUGCCGAUAUUUCCAAAACCAUAGUCUAACAGACCAAUUUUAGGCUUGGUGAUUUGUUUUUUAAAAGUUCAGCACGAGACAUUCGUUUAUUUAUUUACUUUGUACAGUGCGUACAAAACACGAAGCAAAACGUUCAAAAUAUCACGUCUCUGGGUGUCUUAAACAUUGAUAAUAUCAUUAAAACAGGAGGCUGUUACACAGCCUUUUUCCCAAUUUGCAAGCGUCUUUUGGGCAGUGGCUAGACGGGUUCAAGCCUAUAUUUGGGAGGUUGAUUUUAGAGAGCUUUAAAGGUUAUGGGGAGUGAUUUUAAGGGUUUGCUAGUGAUAAGGAGAAUCUGGAUAUUUGGAUUUUUUUUAAUUUAAAAGUUAUUUAAAAAAUAUUGUACAUUGUUUACAUAUUUUUGUGCCCUAAUUUCAAAAAUUUGUCUUGAAAGGGGGCUCAGAACUAUUUGAGCAACUUAGUAAUAUAUCUGUACUCACAUUGGCUUUGUAAGGUAAAGAUAAGAAAAAGGAGCUAGGAAAAACUAGAUUCUCAGCGUCAUAUUGAGUGUUCUUUAGAAUUGACUUACGAAAAAGGUUAAUUUAAUGCUCGCCUUGUAUUGAAUCGGGAUUUUCUGGGGUUUAAGCUUUAAAAAAGACUUCCGGGAAGGAAAAAAGGAAAAACAUUACGUGAUAAUAAAAGUGUUUGGCUGGAACUUUGUUCUUUCAACUCUAGAGCUUUUUGUAAUAUAACAAAAGUAAUGUUAUGACUAGUAAGUUUAUGGUGAUUAAGAAAUUAAAUGUAAUUGGGUGAUUUAUGUAGUAAGAGGAAUCUUCUGAGUCAGCAAAUUGAUGCUAUCUGCCUUGGUCAAUAUAAUUAUGAUAUUUGCUUUCAUCAGUAAAGUGAUGAUAUCAGCUUUGAUUGAUCCAACUUAGAAUUUCAACGGGUUUUAAAAGGGUUCUUUAAACAAAGUUUUAAAUAAUAACUAAACAUUUAGAAAGGCUGGCUCAAGUUUUUUUAAUGGGUUUAAUUUUUAUGACGAUAUUGUGAACUGUUAAUAACGAAAUUCAAAAAAAAACUUGAUAAGCUUCCAAGUAAUGUUCUUUUCCCGCGAACAAAUUUGCGAAGUUAUUAGUUGGGAAACGACGCAAAGAUUGAGAUCACUUUUUUUAAACUUCUUGCUUGGUUAACGGAUUCACGUCGCUAUUGAUUUCUACAUAAUGGGGUGAUAGCAUAUGUUUUUGUAUGGAAGCGGGGAGGUAUAAGGGCGUUUUUAUUGGUAUUGUAAUUGUAUUAACGGCGUUUUUUAAUGUUUUUGACGUUGUAGUAUGUAUACCUGAGUAUACUUACAACAUCAAAUCUUUGGCACUUUUGUAGUUUUCGAAUUUUUGAUUUUAUAGCUUAUGGGGAAAUGUUACUUUUUAGUUUUUAAAGCAGUAGAUAGGUUAUUCUUUAAGUUUAGAUUCAAAAAACAUAUUAUUUGUGAGCUAAAAUUACUAUUUUUGUCAAAUGUUAGCUGUUAACAAGGCGAGUAACAAAAGAAACGCGAUAAUAGUGAUUAAAAGGCGCUUUGGAAAACAGCAUUACACGCAUUACAAGUUUGAAGGAAAAGAAUAAACGGGAAGCUUAAUAGCAACGAGGAAACGAAUACUUCUUUUCCUUAACGUUAAAACCUUCUAGGAAUGUUGACUUAAAAUCGACUUACAAUUUUAUGUUUACAUGCAGUUUUUACGACUUUUUUUGAAAGGAUUUGUUAUUGUGAUGUUGGGAUAUUGAGAUUUUUGAGCUAAAGUACUGUGAGGUAUAGUGAAAUCUAUUUAGUAUCAUAUGACCCUCGCUAGUAUGGCAUUCUCUUUAUAAUGAAAGAUUUCUGAACGCCUUUUGUAAUAGAGUUUCUAUCAAAAAAUACCUGGAUAGUGUGGUACACUGGUUGUAAUCGCACUUUUGGUCCAGCCCCUUGAGUAUCAUACUGAACAGGUUAGGCUGUAUUCAAAUUACAAAUUUUUUUGCACGGUGCAGUUUUUGGCAUUGAAUUCGAACGGUGAACGUUUGUAAAUUUAAGUUUGAACAGUGCAGCUUCUUAUUUAUAUUUGAACAGCCCAAUUUUACAAAAUCCCUCCAAAUUUAACAAUAUUUUACAAUAUAAGCCCAUAAAAUCAAAACCCUAACAAUUGUAAACCCUCGUAUGUCAAAGAAACAUUGGCUGCAAUGAAAAACGACUUUCCAUCAGACAUUUUCCCAAAAUAAAGCUCGCCAUUCUUUUUUUUUCGAUUUCUUUCAACGAUAACGACUUUCAUAGAGCUGGAAAAAGAAAGAGCGGGCCAUGAUUUUUUAUUCGUAAAUGCAUUUUGUUGUUUUAUAUUGAAAAAAGGGACUCGUGCAUUUCGGCACAUAUUCCAGGGUCUGUCGUGCUAUGAAUUAUUAGUGGAAAAGUUUUAUUGAGAUUGACAAAGUUGGGGUUAUAAUGUUGGAAUAAGGUUGAGUUUUGGAAAUUGGAGUUAUCGAUGAAAUAUUAAGGCUUUACAGUUGACAAUAUUAGUUAAUAAGCUUUUUAAAAUUAACAUUAUUAGCUGAAGAAUUCAACGUUUUGAAAUUCUUUAUCCUUUGGUUAUUUUUUUUUUUUUGGGUUUUAAGGGAUUUAGAAGUAAAUUCGGCUGGUUAAGUUAAUUACACUUGAAGUUUUUUAUGUUAAUUGUUACGUUUACGCUGUUUUUAGUAAUAAACGCGUUCAAUAAUUGUCAAAAAAUGCGUAGAACUUUAUUACUUUGCUUUACAUGCAUUGUGCAGAGCUUUUUCUUCAAAAUAAUGUUAAUUUUGCCUCUAAAACUUAUUUUUCUACAUGUUUGUUACCUAAAAUCGCACAAAUUUUUGUUGUUUUUUUGUAUGUAAACGUAUAUGAAAUGUUUUUUUUGUAUAAAGUCAAUAUUAUUGUUUUUCUCAUUGAGUUUAUUUGGAUUUUACAUUAAAAAACGACUGGAAACUGAGAAGACACGUUAUUUAGGUAACAAAUCUGAAAGGUCACGUUAUUUAGGUAGUAAAUUAUAGUUUUUUGUAAAAUAUGGUGAUCAUCAGUUGUAAUUAUAUUUACUUUUUUUUGUUAAUUAGUGUUAGAUAAUGUUCUUUUUACAAUUUUUUUCUGCAAAUUUAGGUAACAUAUUCUAGUUUUUUUGAAGAAAAAAAAGGUUUAGAUAAUAAAGCUAUAGUUUUGGCAUUUCUUUGAAAACUCGAGGUGUUAAAUUAUACUUUUUUCAAAUUUCCGAAUGGUUUGACUAUUAAAAUUGUAGUUUUUUUGUGUGCACGGUGCAGUAAAGUCGCGUGCUCGUCAACUUUGAAAGUAAUAUUUGGACUUUGUUCUCAGUACCACUACUGGAAUUGUGGCUUUACGAAUUCUGCGGUCAGAAUAUAAAUGAAAUGAUUAGAUUUGGGGGAGAUAAGGGAGGGUUAUAGCAGUAAAGUAAAUAAAAAUUUGCGAGAGCGGGGUAUAUUUUAACAUUAUUUUUUGAUGUUUGUUGUAAAUUUGUUUUUUUUUUCAAUUUUAAUACUAUAAUUACAACUAAUAAAUAAUAAAACCUCACUUUCAGCGCUCAACCGUUCAAACGGAGCUCGAACCGGCCCAAGGUCUUCACUACAUCCUCAUAAUCCCAACUAUUUGAGUGCGUCGAGGAACAGAAACUUGAUGAUGUAUCAACAACAUAAUCAACGGUCGGUUGAUUCGAAUGUGGAUUUGGCACGCCAUGCUUUGCUCAUCCGUGAGGUACGUCUUUUUGUUGUUUUGUUUUUGCUUUUAGAUGACGAUGCCAAUGUCAAAGACUGUAGAGAUGAAAGGGUUGUAG